AUGGCUGAUCUCACCGAGAAGACCACAACCGAGCAUGCCUCAUUGAAGGGCGCUGAGUCUGCCAUCGAGCAACCCACCGAGGACUCUGUGGCUACCAAACAGCUACUGCGGAAAUUGGACCUUCAUUUGCUUCCUCCUCUCAUGGUCAUUUACUUCCUCUCUUUUAUGGACAGGACCAAUAUUGGCAAUGCAAAGAUCCAGGGAAUGACCGAGACCCUCAACAUGACUGGAAAUGAUUACAACAUGGCUCUGUUUGUCUUCUUUAUUCCGUACAUUAUUUUCGAGGUCCCAUCCAAUAUCAUCAUCAAAAAGAUUUCUCCAUCCCUUUGGCUUGCUUCUAUUACAACGCUUUGGGGAAUCUCAACUGUCGGUAUGGGUCUCGUCCAUAAUGUGGAGGGGCUCAUCGCUUGUAGAGUUUUGCUGGGGUUCUUCGAAGCCGGUAUCGUUCCAGGCUGCAUUUACUUGAUCAGCAUGUACUAUAAGCGCUAUGAGGUUCAGUGGCGAAUGUCCAUCUUCUUUAGUGCCAGUAUUCUAGCAGGUGCUUUCUCUGGCCUUUUGGCAUUUGCCAUUGCCAAGAUGCACGAUGUUGGAGGACUUGAGACCUGGCGAUGGAUCUUCAUCCUUGAGGGUCUCCUCACUAUCGUCGUUGGUGUUGUUGCGAAAUGGUGGAUCCCUGACUGGCCUGAAACAGCCAGCUUUCUUAACGAGGAAGAAAGAGGCAGACUUGUCGUACGAUUAGUUGUGGACUCUGGUGAUGCUAAGAUGGACCAUCUAAACAAAGCAGCCUGGAAGAGAAUACUGUCUGAUUGGAAGAUUUACCUUGGUACACUCGCAUACUUUGGUAUUGUCAACAACGGCUAUGUUGGAUCGUUCUUUAUCCCGACUAUCCUCAGAGAGAUGGGAUACGUUGCCGAGCGCGCUCAACUUCUGACAAUUCCGGUCUACCUUGUCGCAGCAAUUGGAUGCUUGACUGCAGCAUUCCUUGCCGAUAAACUCCGUCACCGAUAUAGCUUUACCAUGAUUGGAGUUUUGGUGACUACCGUUGGUUACAUUCUCCUUCUUCAGCAGCAAAACGUGCCUACUGUUGCUCGGUACUUCUCCUUGUUUUUGCUUGUUACUGGAGGCUACAUCACGCAGCCCGUCCUUCUCGGCUGGCUAUCUAAUACCAUGAGCGGCCACUACAAGCGAUCGAUUUCAUCCGCUGUACAAAUCGGAUUUGGUAAUAUUGGAGGCAUUGUGGCCUCAAAUGUAUUUUUGACCCAGGAAGCUCCACAGUACUGGACUGGCUUGGGCGUUAGCCUUGCUAUGGUAUGGGUAUGCGGGAUCAGCUGUACUCUCUUCUAUUUCCUUGCUAUCAGGGAAAAUAAGAAGAGAGAUCGGGGCGAGAGGGAUCAUAGACUUCAGGGUCCAGAUGCUAUGAACUUGGGCGACGACCAUCCUCACUGGAGGUACACCACUUGA